GCGCGGAGAUAAGGAGCGUCGCGCAGAGGAAGGAGGUGCGCGGAGAGAAGAAAGUAGAAGGAGAAGAGGUAGAAGGAAGAAGAAGAAGAAGUAGAAGGGAGAAGAAGAAGAAGAAGUAGAAGGGAAAAUAAUAAGAAGAAGAAGGAGAGAGGCAAGGGAACUAUGACUUACCCGUCACCCGGCCAGCAUGUUGGAACGCACGUUUGUGCCGGUCGAGCUCCCCGUGCGAUGGUCAUGGUAUGCUGCACAUCGUGGAGGAGCGGGGAGCAGCAAACCGACGACGACGGUAACGACGGCGACGAAGAAAAUGAAAGAACAGAGGUCGACGGACGUCGGUGGAGGCGGGCAGGCGUGGAGCGGAGGUCGGGGGAGGUCGGCGGAGGUUGGUGGAGGUGAAGCGGAGGUUGGCGGAGGUGGGCGGAGGUCGGCGGAGGUGGAGAGGAGGUCAUUGGAGGUGGGCGGAGGUCGACGAAGGUCGGCGGAGGUCGGCGGAGGUCGGCGGAGGUGGAGCGGAGAUGGGCCGACGUGCGCGGAGGUGGGCGGAGGUGGGCAGGUGGAGCGAAGGUGGGCGGAGGUAGGCGAAGGUCGACGAAGGUGGGCGGAGGCGGGUGGAGGGGAUCGGGAUCGGGAUCGGGAAGCGGAAGCGGAGGUAGUGAACUUGCCACGUGGCGAUCUUCGCACGUGGGAGGGGGAAGUGGUGAACUUCCCACGUGGCGAUCUUGCCACGUGGCAAUCUUGUCACGUGGGAGGGGGAGGUGGCGAGCUUGUCUCAUGGCGAACUUGCCACGUGGAGAUCCUGGCACGUGGGAGGGGGAGGUGGCAAACUUGCCACGUGGCGAUCUUGUCAUGUGGGAGGGGGAUGAAGCGCAAGCAAGGGGGGAAGCCGGGGGACAGCAAAAGCAAGGGGGGAAGCCGGGGGACAGCAAAAGCAAGGGGGGAAGCCGGGGGACAGCAAAAGCAAGGGGGGAAGCCCGAGGAAGAAGAAGAAGAAGAGGAAGAAGAAGAAGAAGAAGAAGAAGAAGAAGAAGAAGAAGAAGAAGAAGAAGAAGGCGGGCGUGGAGCUGACGACGCAGGUGCACGUGGAGCCGAAGGCUACGAGGAGGAGGUGGGGAAGCCGACGGAAGCGGAGGUGGAGGAGGACACGCAGGGGGAGGCGGAGGCGGAGCUGAAGCCGGAAGUCGAGGCGGAGGAGGCACGGAAGUCGGCGGAAGCGCAUGUGGAGGAGGACAUGGAGGGGGAGGCGAAGGCGGAGCCUGAGCCGGAAGCCGAGGUGGGGAAGUCGACGGAAGCGGAGGUGGAAGAUGGCAGGCAGGGCCCACUUGCCAUGUGGGUCACUUGGCACGUGGCGAUCUUGCCACGUGUCGAGCUUCCCCGUAAACGUGAUCGGGAUGACCGCGACAACAGCAGGGGAAGAAGAAGAAGAAGAAGAAGAAGAAGAAGAAGAAGAAGAAGAAGAAGAAGAAGAAGAAGAUUGAUUGAUUGAUUGAUCGAUUGGUGCCGACUUGGGAAUCAAUCAAUCAAUCAAUCAAUCAAUCAAUCAAUCGACCAAUC